AUGGGCUGUAAUCCAUCGAGACCUCUCAAUAGCUUACAAACAGAUGUAGACCAGGCCCUGCCUACGCACUAUCCACUAGCCGUAACUCGUCCGCCUCGAUACUCAUACAAUGAGCACAACGAAGCGUGUCGCCUUCUACGGCCUUGGGCUGUGCGAGGGGCAAAGUCCCGCAGUUUCAUGUUCGUUGUUCAUGUCAUCAACAACAGUUUGCUAGAUAGGUCGCAAACACUCGCCCAGAUCAGGCUGCUGAGCCACUUGCAACAGCUCGCAUAUAUCCAUAAGCUUCAGGUUUUGGUCAAGUGCCUGGAUUACUUGUCUGAUGCCGAUGAUGACCCACACGCGGCGGAUGAGAGACAACUCUAUCAGGGCAUGCUAGCAGCGCGAUCCAAGGCAGAAAUGAUCCGUCUGUGGGACGACAGACCGCCGACGGCUAGUUCUCCGAGCCCCGAAGAGAUCACAACUGCCGAGCAUCGCAUCAGCGCCGUCAUCGACCAGGUUCGACAUAGUCGGGAUGUAGGCGACGUAGAUGUCAAACAUCAAGUAGAACCAGAGAUCGUUGUGGCGCUCUCUCGUUUUGCCAAGAACUGGACCCUGGACGACUUCAUGGAUGCGCACGAAAAGAUCAUGGGCGAGCCGCCGACGUUGCAUGCGGCUGGCAUAUCGAAGCUCCAGGCCCAGUUCAUACUGCAAGCCCAAGUCGCCCGUGCGAGCCUGACAAGUGACAACGGAGCGACGCCGACCGUCUCCGUCAGCUUCUUGCCGGACGACGUCCCUAACGUAACGCUCAUCAACAUCAAGAAGCAGUGGAGGACAUUAUUCGUCCCGCUGGCGAAACGCGUCAAAGAGUCGGAAAAGUCCCUGCGUCAAGAUCUCUACACGAUGCAGCUAGUCUCUCUCGGGUCUGCGCAUAGCAACGGCGGACAGCAGUGGAAAGAACUGGACGAGCUGGGGCAGGCCGGCAUGGACAUCAUCGACCACCUCCACCUGGAUGCGGGCCAGAUCCUGCUGCGGGGCCCGGGCCCCCUCCUCGGCCAGAAAAUGCUGCUGGGCUCUGUGGGUCCCGUCGCUGACCGAGCGAAGGCAAGACGAGGAUCGGAGGCGGGUCUGUACGGCACGGGAGGUUCUCAAGCGACAUGCAAGGACAUGGAUGCGUGUGUUUGCCAAAUGGAGGGCAUGGCUCCAGGAGUUGAGUACGUGCAACUGAGUCAAGAUGCGUAA